UAAUAAUGUGUAACAAGUAUUUAAUGCUAUAUAUUAAAGAUGUAGCGUUAAUAUUUUCUAUUUCUUUUUCGCAAGAAUUCUAAUGACAUUCUUCAUUGCAACAAAAUAUAUACAUGCACGAAAUUUGUCUUUGUCUCUUUAUCUCCCAAUACUGUGCACGUGUGCGAAAGAAAACAUUGUCUAUCGUCAUUAUAAUUUUUCGAAACUGUUUGAAACAAGUUGUACGAAUUCACUCCUGAAGCAAAUUAUCAUCUUCGUAUUCCGGCGACUCUUGAAUAAUAAAUCUUCCGCUUUUCCUCGCGACGAAAAUACGCACAAAGCAGAAUGGCAUCGCAAGAACAGAUCCCAUGCAGUCUGCCUGACACUCAAAAUGCAGAUGCUUUAACACAAUCGCAAGGAGUGUUGAGCCAAGAACCAACGUUAGUUGUCUGGGGAAGACUUUGUCCCAACAUAAUAUUGUCCAGACAUGCAUCUUUGAAGAGUAUAGAAAUGGUAAAAGAAUCUUAUACGUUAGGACGCUCCCCAAGCUGCGACAUUACUCUUACUACGAAUGAAAUGCAGUUGAAAUGGCUGAAUGCAAUCAGCAAAGUACAUUUUCGUAUAAUCAGAGAACAUAUUAAUAACGAAUUUGUGAUAUACCUUGAAGAUAUGAGUUACAAUGGAACGUUUGUUGACAAGGUCAAAGUUGGUCGUGGAAAUCGCGUCAUUAUUACAAAUAAUUCUGAAAUAGCUGUAGCUAGGACAAACCUUUCAAUUUAUGUAUUUAUGAGCACUAUGUCUGACAAUAGUUGUGAAUUACCAUUGCAACUAAAGCAGAAGUAUUCGCUCGGACGUAAGUUAGGAGCUGGUGCCUGCGGUGAAGUAAGACUGCUAUUUUCAAAAGAUGGUUCUAAACGAUUUGCUGUCAAAAUUAUACAGAUGAAUAAUGUGAGCCAUGAACAAGCUUGUUUUAAUAAUCCUAGUAAUAUCAGAAAUGAAGUUGAAAUAUUAAAGAAGUUGAGGCAUUCUUGUAUCAUCCAAAUGGAAGAUAUCUAUGAUACGCCAUCAACAAUGUAUAUUAUUCUUGAAUUGAUGGAAGGCGGAGAACUAUUUGAUAAAAUAAGAAGUAAAGGUAAAUUAUCAGAAUCAUGCGCAAAACUGAUAUUCUAUCAAGUUGUACUUGCUGUUCAUUAUCUUCAUAAGCAAGGCAUCACACACAGAGACUUGAAGCCAGAGAAUAUACUACUGAAGAACGAUUCUGACAGACCUUUAGUCAAAGUAUCAGAUUUUGGCUUGUCAAAGAUAGUAGAUGCCAGGACUAUGAUGAAAACAUUUUGUGGGACUCCUAUGUAUGUUGCUCCUGAAAUUCUGGCGAACUUAGGACAAAGCUCUUAUACAAAUCAAGUUGAUGUUUGGAGUUUAGGGGUGAUAUUGUAUGCUUGUUUAAGUGGUACAGUUCCCUUUAAUGUUCAAAAUCAAACUAUCACUUUAGAGCAACAGAUAAAACAUGGAAAGUACGAAUUUCCAUCAUCGCGCUUUGCGCAUGUAUCGUAUAAUGCAAUAGAGCUGAUCAAACGUAUGAUGACAGUGGAUCCGAUAAAACGUAUAACGGUGACAAGAAUCAUGUUACAUCCCUGGUUAAGAGAUCCAUGUAUGCGAGAAGAAGUGAACACGCUAAUAUCACACGUGGAGACUGAUGAGAAUGCGCCUCCUUUGAACGUCUUGAUAAAUCGCCAUGAGGCUGAUCCAGAAAGUAUAAUAAAACGUGCACGGCUUGUAGCGUGAGAGAAUAUAUUUGAAAGUUUACAACAAGAAUAUGUCAAACAUCAGUUUCUCGCGAGUAAAGAAGUACAAAAAACAAUAUUUAAUAUUCUCUUUACGGGGUCUGGCGUCUCGUUAAAUCUCGUGAUUGCGGUUAUACUAGGCAUUGAUGUUACCUACUUAUUAAAUAGAGUGAUUUUUGUUCAAAUCGGUCUGAUUACCGUAAUGAUCUCACAUAGAAUACAAAGUAGAUAUUUAAGGAUUUUCAUUCCGUUUAGUUGUACUAUCUACUGUUAAAUAUGACUGUGAUCAAUUUUGAUAUUGAAAUCAUGAAAGAGAAAUCAAUGAAAUAGAAAUGUAAGAUAACGAAAUAACUAAAAAGUUGAAUAAGAUACAUAUUUUUCGCGAUAUAUUUAUAUUUUUUUAUAUUUUGACGUAUCUCAAAUUAAUGAGUACAAUAUCUUUCAGAUUUGUGAUUUAACUAUAACACAGAGUACCUUUUGUGUAUAAAAUAGAUAUAUAACAUGAACUGUGAAAAUUGUUCUGUGACUAGUAUUAUAUAUAUAUAAGUACUGAUUUACCUAUUAAAUAAAAUUUUCGUUUAGAAAAUUGUAAGGUCUUUAGAGUAACAAAAAAAAAAAGUAAAGACAUUUCAUAUAUCCGUUUAGUGCCGCGAAAAAUGUAGAUUUAAUGCUGAAAUAUAAUUAUCGCUACGGAUUUAAAUUAUUUUUCGUAUAAUAACAAAAUACUUUAUUAUCGCGUUAUAAAAAUGUGAGGCUCUUUAUUCAAAAUAAUGGACAGCACUAUACAAUAAAAGGAAGCGAACAAA